AAAUUUUUUUAAAUUAAUGCAUAAGUAAAUGUCGUCGGUUUGUAUCGUUAAACAACUACAAAAAGUGAUAUACACAUAGUAAACUGUAGUAUUUGGAAAAUAGCAGUAGCGGUGGCAGCAAAAGGACGCAGGUCAAUAGUGCAACCGGAAAGACGAAAUCGAAUUGGAAGCAUCAACUUUUGCUACGCUGCCAGGCCAGCGUUCAGUUUGUGGUUGGUGUGUGCGUGUAUGUGUGUGUGUGCAUACAGCAGCCAAGCCAAACAAACAAACUACAUUUAUAUAGAAACAAAGCAGCAAGCGAUUGAAUAGUAUAAGUAGCAAAAUAUAAAAAAUUAAAAAAAAAAAAAACAAAAAGCAAAUAUAAAAAUCUCGUGGUCGCGCGUGUGUGUGUGAGUUUAUUACUGCGCGUGCGGCAGAACGAUUUGGGUUUUCUUGUUUUAUUGCACGCCCGAAAAGAUCUGCAUACAUUCAUUUUCGUUCCACACUCGUCUAGAAGCGUGCUACAGCCGAAAACAGUUGCUGGCUACUCGUACGCCUAAAAGCAGACCUUAAUGCCAGAAAAAUAGAGCGUUGAAAUUUUUGAAACAUUAAGUAAUUAAAAGUGACAAAUACAAUUUUUACGAUUUUCUCCAUUGGCUGCAUAAUUUUCGUGUGAUUUUUUAUUGUAGUAUAUUCUUGUACAUAUAUUGUUGUUGUUUGCGUGUGCGCUGCGUCAGCCGUUCAGCGAGCAACAUCGUCAUAUGGUGUGCGGUUUGUGGGUGUCAUCAGUGGCCUUUAACGCCCUCUGCACAUAUAAAAGCAAAACACCAGUAUUCAAAGGAGCGCCGCCAACUCCACCUCAACGGAGCAAGUCGGUUAGUUCGUGCAUGAAUUCACAUAGGCGAUACUUAAGUCAUAGGACUUCAAAAUUUUCCAGUAAUAGACAUCGGAAACUGCAACCUUUUAGAGAAACGUGAGCCAAUCGCACAUCAUUAGGCACCACGUUUUCCAAUUUUUCCAAAUAUUUAUAAACUAUAAUUGUAAUCCAGAUAUCUAGCAGCAACAAACAUAUAGCACUAAAACUGAUAAAUGUAAAAAAAAAAAACUUAAAAAAACAUCUUUCAUAAGAUACCCAAAAAAAUCCACAAAUAUAUUAAAAAAAGCCCAAAAAUUCACUUUCAAUCAUAAAAGUGGGGUGAAAAUUGCAUAAAUUUAAAAAAAAAGCUGGAGAACCGUUAAGCAGAAUAAGAAAAACAACCACAUCAAAAAUCAAUAUCAACAGUCAAGUACUGUAAAAUAAUCGGGCUAUUUGUAAUAGCGAAUUGAGUUUUGAUUGAAAAUUGAAGUAGAGUCCAUACACAAACAACAACAAAAACAACAGCCGUUAAACAACAAAUCACAGCAAUAAUAAAAAACCUAUAAAUAGUGGAGCAAAGCACCCGCAGCGGAUAUCGUAAAAAUCGCCGUAGCAGCAGCAAAAUAGCACCAAGAGGAAGCACCAAAGCUACUGUCAUAAUUAAUAACAAAUACAAAGCGCCAAUUAAAGUAAUAAGAAAAACGAACUUCAUGAAUUUAUCAAUAAAGAAGUACAAUAAAUCAAAAAAUAAAAAUUUAAGUCCCCUAACGUCUUCGGCAUCGUCUUGGAGGGCGUUUCGGUUCUACGACGUCGAAGCGACUGCAUACAACGAACAGCAAGUGUACGCCGCAGCCACUACCAUAAUUGGAGCAGCAGGAGUCGGUACAGCUGCCGUAGGAUCAGCAGCUAAUUUACUGAUGUUCAGUGCUAUCAAUUGGUCACCUUGUUGAGGUUGAAGCUGAAUGUAAAAGCAAGCAACGUUGGCUCGAAAACGAAAGCAGCUAAACGAAGUGCCGCCGUAUCGUAUGCGAGUGUUGUCGGAAAUAUCGCUAAAGCAGAAAUCAAAAGCAAAAUUUCUCAGCUGAAUCUGUAGCGUCGAUUCAUCCAUUCUGAUUUUUAUAUGAAAGCUACAACUAGAUCGGUAGCAGCAGCAGCAACAGCAGUAAAAACAAAAGUCACACAAGACAGCAAAGUGUGAGCCGCAAAUUAAAGAUCCCAUAAAAAUAAAAUAAAACAAAAACACCGCGUCGAAAGCAAAAGCUAAGCGUUUUCGCCGACGUUCCAGUUUAAAAGAAUAUUGCCAAAUCUACGCACAACACGUGGCGCGAUUUAUUAUUACCAACUCUGAACAUUUACAAUUCUUCUAUACGCAAAAACAAGAAAACUCAAAUCAAAGGCCACCAACAACAAUCAUCAAUUUUAAAUCAUAAAAACCAUUAAUAAUAAAAACCACAAACAGCUCAUUUUGACACUUAAGGAGACGGAUAGUAAAAGAAAAAGGCAAAAAUGGGUUCCGUCAAUGUGAAUCGUAAUGUCACCGACAUUUUCUAUCGCUACAAAAUGCCACGUUUGCAGGCUAAGGUCGAGGGCAAAGGUAACGGUAUUAAGACCGUAAUUGUCAAUAUGGCUGAAGUGGCACGCGCCAUUGGACGCCCGGCCACCUAUCCGACCAAGUAUUUUGGCUGCGAAUUGGGCGCUCAAACCCAAUUCGACUAUAAGAAUGAACGUUUUAUUGUGAAUGGAUCGCACGAUGCCUGCAAAUUGCAGGAUUUACUCGAUGGCUUCAUACGCAAAUUCGUCUUGUGUCCAGAAUGCGAUAAUCCUGAGACCGAUUUAACCGUUUCAGCUAAGAAUCAAACCAUUUCGCAAGCAUGCAAAGCUUGCGGCUUCCAUGGACUCUUAAAAGUCAACCACAAGGUGAACACUUUCAUUUUGAAGAAUCCGCCGACAGUGAAUCCGGCCGCACAAGGCUCUUCACUGACCGAGGGCAAGCGCUCGAAACGUGGCCAAAAGAAGAAUGGCGAGAAUGGUGUAGAAGGUGGUGAAAAGGGUGCUAGCAAUUCGGGUGGUGAAUCGGAUGGCGGUAGCGGCAACCAGGCCAGUCAAACUGAGGCCGAAAUAAGUGCUGCCAUACCGGAGAAAAAUGGUGAUGAUGAUGAUGACGAUGCUAACUGGAGUGUUGAUGUGUCGAAGGAAGCCAUUCGCGCUCGCUUGCAAGACCUUACCGACGGAGCCAAGGGUAUGACCAUUUCUGAUGAUUACGACAAGACCGAAAAGGAGCGCAUUGACAUCUUUUAUGAGCUGGUGAAAAAGAAGCGUGAUGCUGGUGAACUCGACUCGGUAGCCGUACACAAGGAGUUGAUGAUCGAAGCGGAACGUUUGGAUAUAGUGCACAAGGCUACGCUUGUUCUAGCCGAACUGCUCUUCUCCGACAACAUAACGCAAGAGGUGCGCAAAAAUCGUAUUCUCUUGCUGCGCUUCACACACAAUAAUCCCAAAGCUCAACGUUAUCUUAUCGGCGGUUUGGAACAGAUAAUCGCUUUGCAUUCGGCCAAAUUGAUGCCCAAGGUAGCUGGUAUCUUCAAGCUAUUUUACGAUUCGGACAUACUUGAGGAGAAGUCCAUAUUGGAGUGGUCGCAGAAGGUUAGCAAGAAAUACGUUUCGAAGGAUGUAGCCACGGAGAUACACGAAAAAGCCAAACCCUUCAUACAAUGGCUCAAGGAGGCCGAGGAAGAGGAAUCCUCUGAGGAGGAUGAGAAUGAUUCCGAUGUAGAGAUUGAGUAUAAUGAUCGUGCACGUGUAGAGCCUUUGAAGGCUGCCGCUGUAGCUACUGCGGCCAAGAAGAUUGUCGACGACGAUGAUGAGGGUGAAGAAAUCGACAUUGAUGACAUCUAAAAAGGGCGAUAAGAAAGAAAUAGCAAACAAGAAAAUAAUAACAACAACAACAUUUGUGCGCAGUUCGAAGUGUAGCGGCGCAGCAGCAGAAAAAAAAACUUUCUUCGUUUUUCGUUAACGCAAAUGCAGUUUUUAAAAUGUCUUUUCAUGAAUUUUUUUUGUUUUUUGAAAUUCAGAUUUUUUAGCUUUCAUGCGCUCCCGCUACUAAGUUUUGUGUAGUGUAUGUGCGUGCGUAUGUCUUGUGUGUUCUUAUCACGUUGCUACUCAUACGCCACCUUGCAUUUUUAAUUGCUCUUAUUUAUUCCAUUACCUGGCGUAAUGCUUUUUCGCGGAGUCAAGGUUUAGAAAGUGGCUCAAGCGGCCCUUGCUUUUCAUUACAAUACAACACUUAACUGCUGCAAACAUUUUCGUUUGCUUAUUUUUCUAAUUGAUCUUGGAUUAUUAUUUUUUGAUUUAUGAAUUUGUUUUUUUUUUUUAAUUUAUGCUUUUUUGCGUUUAUAACAUUUAUACUUAUUUGUAACGGCAGAAAAACGACAUAGCUUCGAUUUUGCACACACACAAUCAAACCAACAAAACGAAACAAAAAAUUAAAAAAAAAAUCAUUCACAAGCUCAGUAAAUUUAUAUAAAUAACUGUAAACCAAAAUAUUUUUGAAUAGUAGGUUAAUAUGUCAACUCUAAACACACAAAUUUCCAAUAUUGUUCUGUCUCUACGCUUUCCACGCGAUAGGAACGCUUAGUGCUCACUUUUCCGAAAAAUAUCCGGACAGAAAUAGAUAAGCUGUUGCAGGUAGUUAAAGCAUACAAAAAUACUUAGAAUGCGUUGACGGCCGGUGAUUAAACCGUACCAGCAGGGCUGGAUGAACUGCUACAGCAGCAGAACAACAACAACUUGGAAUCGAAACUGUUCAACCUAACAAGGAAAAGAGUGCAGUAGCAGGGCUUUUGCGUUUUUCAAAGAACUGUCGUAAAUUUUAAAAUUUAUUAUGCAAGUAAAAAUGUAAAAAAAAAAUUAUGAAAAUAAAAAUACAAAAAAAUUCUAUGAAUAAAUAAA